AUGUGGAAAGCUGUGGUGCUGGCUGUGUGUCUGCUUGUGGCCGGCGUUCAGCCCAUGGAUGACCCGACAUAUGGGGUGAAGCUCUGCGGCCGCGAAUUCAUCCGGGCGGUCAUCUUCACCUGCGGAGGUUCACGAUGGAGACGGUCACUCAGGAGUUUAGAUGUUUCAGAGGAGCCAUUCACCUCCCCUCAGGAGGAAUUCUCAGAGGCCUUGAAACACAACUUUGGGAUGGAGAGUCUCCUUCAAAGAAACGCAGAUUCAAGCUCCGUAUCCAGAGACAACCAGGAGGGCGCGUUUAGCCGCUCUUCCCGUUCAUUCAUCACCGAAGAGAUACUGGAGGCACUCCGCAAAGCUGAUCGCAAAGGCCGGGAUGUGGUGGUGGGUCUCUCCAACGCCUGCUGCAAGUGGGGGUGCAGCAAGAGCGAGAUCAGCUCUCUCUGCUGA